AAAUAAAUAAAUAAAUAGAAAUUUGGACCUCUGAGCUGCUUUGCCCACUGCGCGGUCAUGGAAUUGCCUAUAGGCUACGUAGCAUCACCGAAAUCAGACCAGAAGCCAUCACACCAUAUCAUACGAACGCGUUUUAUUACACGAGGGUGGAGUAAGCAUGCUCACACGAACCCCGGCCCCUUUCACAUUAUCAGAUCAGCUCCUGGAAAAGAAAUCAAAAUAAUCGGGUUCGAUAAUGUCCGAAGCGGUUGUUUGCGCAGAUGCGUAUGGCACCUCUUUUUUUUCUUUUUUCUUUUUUUAACCUCGGUGGGCUGCAGCAUCAAAGCAGGAGGACUAGCUGUUAUACCGCAUCCUCAGUGACACUUUCACUUCAUCGCGACUGCCGCUGCUGUGGGACCCUGAGCGUACGAGCAAAGAAGCAGGAGAUCUAGAGGUGAGGAGACGCGCAAUAACGCAAUGACAGAGGACUGCUUCGAGUCGUGAAGAAAAGAAGACAAACGAAAAGAAGAAAAUCACAGAGGAAAGGGGCAGGCGUGGGAGCUACAGUGGUCUUGACAGCGGAGGUUGGUCAUGGUCGGACGGGGGUUGUGGGUAUGUAAGCCUCGGUUGGGAAAGCGAGGCAGCAGGCUCGGGGCACUGCCUGUUCUGUGCGCGGCGUUAGCAUGCGCCGCCUUGCUGGCUCUGCUCUUUGUGGACUGCAUCGAGUCGUGGGUCACCUCCAUGAGCAUGAAUACGGUGGUGGAGCCCCACUCGGGCAUCAUCCCCCCUCAAAGCGUCCCCCCCACCAGACCCGAGGAGUUCCUGCUCAUGCCCAGUCCACUGGUGUGCCAGCGUGCCAAACCUUACCUCAUCACCAUGGUCACCUCGGCUCCUGCCAACCAAAGGGCCCGUCAAGCCAUCAGGGAUACCUGGGGAGGGCAGGUGGAGGUGAGGGGCCUGCGGGUCAUGACCCUCUUCAUGGUGGGUGUGGCAUCUGACCCCGGACUGGCUAAGCUGCUGAUUGAAGAGGCGCGCGAGAGAGGAGACCUGGUUCAAGGGCGUUUUUUGGACACCUACUCCAACCUCACUCUGAAGACCCUGUCCAUGCUGGGCUGGGCCCGUCGCUUCUGCCCUCAAGCUCACUACAUGGCCAAAGUGGACGAUGAUGUCCUGUUCAACCCCAGGGCUUUGCUGCACUUUCUGAACAACAGCCGCAACCCGUACGAACAAGGGGACUUGUACCUUGGCAGGGUGCAUCUUCACGUGGCCCCGGACCGUGACCCGGACAGCAAGCACUACCUCCCUGCAGGGGCCUACCCUCCCUCAGUGUUCCCAGACUAUUGCAGUGGUACAGCGUACAUCCUGUCCCGCUCUGCAUUGCUCAAAAUUUCCCUGGCAGCCUCUGCAUCACCUUUAUCCACACCUCUGCCCCCCGAGGAUGUCUUUGUUGGUCUGUGUGCCCGGACAGCCGGAGUGCUGCCCUCACACUGCCCUCUCUUCUCCGGCGGACCAGGUGUGCCGUACGGACGAUGCUGCUACCAGGCCAUGGUGUCGGUCCACCACGUUCCACCUAGGGAGAUGCUGCACUACUGGGCUGAUGCACAUUCAUCACCGCCUUGCUCCUGGCUGAAUAUACGGGCUUCCUUGGGGAUGUGCAAAGUCAGGGCAAUGCUGGGCUCGGCUCUGGGUCUGGAGCAGGGACUAUAAGCUUGAAAGGGGAGCAUAACUGGACUUAUUGGGGUUGUGCCUCGCUUCAGUACUGUGAACAGCACAAGUGCUCUUCUGGCUGUGGAGCUAUAUGCACUGAGAAAAUGUGAUUUUAUUUUUUUACUGCUUUAUUUUUUCAAUACCUCAAUGUAUUUAACUGGCUUUUCAUUGCAGUGAUGGAAGAGACCAGCUGGUAGUAAUGAGAGCUAGCGUUGACCUGUCUUUAGACUCUCACUGCAUCUCGCAUUAUUACACCGACACAAACUGUAGAUGUAGGACAAACAGCAUGUUGAUGUUACAAAGAGGAAGUAAAGCUGCUAUGACAAAUUCACACAGGCUUUGUGUCCAAACACAGACGUAGUUUGGACACAAACUAUAUCUGUCUGUGGCUUUCCGCCUUCACACUUUUUACACUCGAGUAGGUACUUAAAUUAUAGUAUAGUCUAAAGUCCUAGAUGCAUGCGUCCAGGCUGUAGUAGAACACAUAUCCAAUCACAGUAUUCAGAUAAGAUAGGGUUAGUAAUAAUUUACCAAACCAGUUAUGUUUAAUUGCAGUUUCUGGAGAGAAAUUAACUGUAAAAUAUUUGACCGGUUGUGAAAUCAUACAGAAAAUACGCUCUAUUUAUAAUUGCCUGGCACAUUAACCAGUGGUCAAGAAACUGGAUUGAUGAACAGCUAUAAAGCUAUGAAGGAUUUGUGCUGUAGUAUUCCCAACUUAUCUCUGUAACAGCGAGAUCAGUGUCUUCUACACCAGGCUAGGAAGCCAUAAUGUAAGUUUUAAAAGACAAGUUACAGGUGCGAAGAUAAAGCCUCAGGCCGCCCGCUCCACCCACAGUUCUAACCAAGUCGGUGUGUUUACACUCAGGAAAUGGAUGGAUCACAUGCAGCCACCAAUAAACCCCUCUGUGAACAAAUGA